CAGGGUAGCUUCUUUGAGCUUUGGAUGGAAUCGGUUAUCUGUUUUCGUCCAGUUUUCAAUGGUUACGUUGCUGACAUAGUUCAUUUUGAUCUUCGCGCGGCCGUUCCGCCGGCCAAGCGAACGGAACGCGAACGCGAGCUGCACAAGCUGAAACUUGUCCGCAGACAUUUGCGAAGUGCAAAGCGUGCCGGUGAUGAAAUGAGCCAGUAUUGAAAGGUUUUGCCGUCUGCAUGUUGUUUGCAAAUUCGACACGCUCUAAGUACUUUACUUGUCAUGACAUCUUUUCUAAGCUAGGAGUCUGACGAAGUUCUCACUUCUCGCUGGUUGUUUCGUGGAGUAGAACGCUUAGCGUUGUGACAUCCUGAUCUCAAAGACCGUCUGUACUGAUCCUUCUUCAAAAUGCGCACUCAGACAGAACUUCCACCAGCAAUUACCUCCAACGGGAAGCCACCCACUAUGGUUGGUGGUGUCCUCGGAGAAGAUGAAGAGGCCCAGGAUGCUCCUGGACCUCUUAUCUUCGAUGAUACUGACCAUCAUUGCCGCACUCUUCAGGCAUUAAAUAUGAUGCGCAAGAACAGACAUUUCUGUGAUGUUAUUCUCCAUGUUGGUAACGCAGAGCUGCACGCCCACCGAGCUGUACUUGCAAGUGCCAGCUCAUACUUAUUUGAAAUGUUUUCCUCUGAAGAAGAAGCCAAAGGCAAUGCUCGGGAAACUGUCAUAACAUACAAGCUCAAUGGUGGCUUUGAAAGAUCUGCUAUUGAGAAACUUAUUGACUAUGCAUACACAGCCAAAUUGUCUGCUGAGCCAAGGCAAGUGAAAGCAAUAUACCUGGCUGCAUCUCAUUUGAAAAUGGAACCAGUAGUCCAGGAAUGCGCACGCCACCUCAUGGAAAAUUUAACUGUUGAAUCUUGUAUUGAUACUCGAUCCCUGCCUGGUAUCACCCGUCAUAAAUCUCUGGUAUCUCGGGUUGACUCCUUUAUCGAAGAAAAGUUUGAAGCUGUAAGGCAAACAGCUCCAUUUUUGGCUUUGACCUGUCUUCGCAUUGAACUGAUCAGGCAAACUCGUCAAGAAAUGACCCUUGAUGGCGGUGAUUCUGUGUGCCAAUUGGUACUUGAAUGGAUAAGGAAGCAAUGUGAAACUGGUACCUCAGACCUUGAUGAUUUAGCAGAAAAGGACCACAUGCUAUACCUAGCAUUUGAUAACUCACUUCAGGACUGCUCUGAUCUCCCCAGUGGUGACAGCAAUGAUACAGAAAUGGUGCAGGACUACAAGAAAAUGAGCAAAAAGAUUACAGCUUCCAAGAAUACUCGACGCAAAGCACCCCUACAACCUGCUAAACCAAGGGUUCUAUUUUUGGCUCGUGAUAUUGGUGAACAACCUGAAAUUGAUGAGAAAUUCGAAAGCAUUCUUAUUGCAUCCUGCAAAGUAUCUGAGUCCGCAUUCCAAGCUCUCAUUGCAUUUGGCUCACGCUUAGUGUCCAUGUCAGUAACUUUGCGUCUUAAUCAGCCAACUGCUACCACACCAUCUCCUAUUGCAACUACACCUGUCUCCAACAGUCGUGCCGAAAGUCAAGAGAAGGAGCAACAGCCUGACAUUCUCUGUGUCAUGGCCCACAUGAGUUCUGUCAAAUGCUCAAGUGGGUGUGCUAAUUUAAAUGAGCAGUUACUGGUUUGUGGCGGAUAUGACAGAGUUGAAUGUUUGAAGAGUGUCGAGUCCUAUGACCCUGAAUGGAACAUCUGGGCUACAGUUGCACCAAUGCGAGAAGCACGAGGACGCUUCAAUAUUGCCGUGGUCCGGGGUGAAGUGUAUGCUGUUGGAGGCAGUAAUGGUACUACUGAACUUGACACAGUUGAGAAGUACAGUCAAGAAACGCAGAAGUGGACUAAGGUGGCAUCCCUACCACUAGCACGGUCCCACACAGGUGUGUGCAAUCUUGGAGACAAAAUCUACUGCAUCGGUGGAUGGAACGGACAAGUUGGAAUUCGGCAGUGCGACGUUCUUGAUCCAGAUAUUGGCAAGUGGAUAAGCAUGGCAGCUCUUCAAACAGGUCGCUACCAAGCUGGAGUAUGCGCCAUGAAUGGUCAAGUAUUUGCUGUUGGUGGGUGUGAUGCAUGGAACUGCCUCAAUUCAGUUGAAAUUUACGAUCCUGAAACUGAUGAAUGGAGUUUUACCAGUGAGAUGAUAACAGCACGUCGUGGAUGUGGUGUUGCCCAUUUCAAAGGAAAGUUAUAUGUGGUUGGUGGUUCAGAUGGAACACAUGCUCUGAGCAGUACAGAAAUUUACGAUCCAGAAACAAAAACCUGGACACCUGGUCCAAACAUGACAACUCCCAGAGCAAAUGUGGGAGUAGCUGUGAUUGGCAGUCGCCUUUAUGCUGUAGGCGGUUUUUCAGGUAAAGCAUUCCUGAACAGCAUUGAGUACCUUGAUGAAAAGACUGAUGAGUGGACUACAUUCAUGCCCAAGGGAUCGUCUACUUCCUCUUCCCCAUUUUCUUCAUCCCCAACACCUAAUGGAAAAUCAUCACUGUCACAUCAAUUCAACUUUGACGGCAGAGCUAAUGGAGUGAAUGGGCAAGAUUCCACUCCGAAAAUUUCGGAAGCAGAAGCACAAAAUGGCAGCAAUGGUGUUCAUGAAGAGGAGAAGUGAGAUGAGAAUGAAAAUAAGUAGGCUGUGUAAAAUGAGAGAUUUAUUUUAUAAGCAAGGAUUGAAUUUGACUCACAACAGUGCUAUGCUUUGUCAUGAAGUAGAACCUCUCAACUGCUUUGCGGAUUAGAAAUGACAUGUUUUUGAGCAAGUUCUAAGUUAAUAAAUCAAUACCUUGCAUCUUUAUUUUACAGUAUUUUUCCUGACAAUGUAUUGUAGUAUAAUCAGUAGCUCCAGUAAGUUAAUAAUAUUGGUGCAUUUAGUUUUGGAAAGUAAGGAAAGUGAAGUGUUUUCACUAUCUGUAGGAUGGAUUCACCCAAAAAUUUCAAUAAAUUUUAUGGUUUCUCUUGUAUAAUUUUGACAAAGCAUCACAGUGGGUUUUUUGUUUUUCCAUCGAGUUGCUUUCAUAUGUAAGUCAGCGACUUUCUCAUUAUACCCUCCAAUAUUCCUCUCCUUCCUUCCAAUUUUAUCAAUGUCAUUUGACUUUGGCUAUGACAUUUCUUUUUAUGAGUGCAAAACAAAACGUAACUGUCCUGUGAUUUACUUCCGACUCAAUGUCUCUUGUUUCAUCUCUGCCAUAUCUCCUGAAGUCUGAGUUGUCUCUUUUGUUCCUUUGAGGCUUUUUACAAUUUAUAUUUCUAAUUAUUGAUUGAUAAUUGAUUUUGAUGGUUUUGAAAAAAAUGUUCUUGUUUACUGUAAAGUCUUAUUAUUUCAUCUGUUAAUUCUUAACUGGCUCGUGCUUAAGUUCCUAUUCAAUAUUCUUAUCAGUUUACUGUUCCCUUUUAUGUUCAUUUUAAAGACCCUCUUAUUUAUUUUGUUUUCUCUCUAUUCCCUCCCCUUAUUAUUCUGACCAUGUUCUGUAAUUAUAAGAAUCUUUCUUUGAUACUCUUUAUAUUCAUACUUUAAAAUGUUUCUUAUUUAGUUUACUCUAAGAACUGAAGCAUGAAAAUUAUCCGGUACGUGUGUUUUCAAACUGGGAUAAUAAUUUUAUGGAGAUCAAUCUUGUCCCUUGUUGUAAUUAAAUGAUCUAAGGUAAACUAUGAGUAAUGCAUGUUUCUAGCUUAUAGAGUUAGGUACUCAGUAGGCAAUAGAUGACAGAUAUGGUUACAUUAAACUUCUGUCGAAAAAACAACCCUGAAGGAACUUACCUGUGUUCCAAUGUUCUCUAACAGAAGUCAAACAUUGUUAUAAUUUUGUUGUCUGAUCUACUCCUCAUUUUCAGUCACACACUUCAUUUCAUAUCCUGUUAACAGUCGCGCUCUAGAUAUUUUGAAAUAGUUGUAUACUUCUACUGUAGUGAAAAUUUGUAGACUCUGUAUUUUUCUUCAAGGCUAGGCAUUGUAGAAUAGUGUUCUCAAUUUGCCGGCAACACCGUAGCUAAAUAUGGGUUAUCAGUUAAGAAGAUCAGACAUCAAACAACUAGACCAUAUUCAUGCUGUACUUGGUAGCUACGUAACAUGUCUAUUUUACUUUAAUUUUAGAGUACUGUUUACAAUAGAAGACUAUCGGAUUGAAAAACUAAUUCCAUCAGAGAAUAAAAAUUUGGAACCACAGUCAAACAUUUCAGGUAAAAUCUAAUUAAGUACAAAUAAUAGUCUAAAGUAAAGUGUAACGAUUGGAUGGUGUGUGGCUGGCCCAUUGCCUCAUUUGUGGUGAUUAAUUUCUGAUAUUGUUGUAUGGCAUUCAAAACUUGUGCUAUUUUUUUAUGUUGAAUCCUGAACAUUCAAGUUAACUUUUGUUAACACCAGGUAUUUGUAUCAACUAAAUUGCAAAGCAUAAUAAAUGUAAAGCUGGACAAGGCAUAAAACAAAUCAACUUCA